UGCUAAACGCCAUAUAAAAGUUCCUGUGUCUUAAAGCUCUUCAUUCAGUCAACUUUAAUCUUCUAAAUGUGUUUCCAAUGGCUGAGGAAGAUCUUUCAGUUUCUCCGAGGGAGAUGCUCCCGCCAGAACAGGGGUUACAGCAAUGACAUCUCCUCGCACUAUGGGGGCACACCAAGACUGCAGGGACGCGGCUCCUUUUUCUGCAGCGGAGAGGGCUCCAUCAUCUACAGCCGGGGAGCUGCACCCACAUACUCCCCCUAUAGCGUCACGGCGGGGUGCACACCCGGCAGCGAUGGGGUUGUUGUAAUAUCCGGGGGUGAUAAUGAAGGUGCAUCGGGAUGGAGCACAAUGGGGGGGACAGUCCCAACCUACAGCCCCCGGGGGGCAGCAGGAUAUGGCUCUGAGGACGCAGGAUGGGGUAUGGUUGGUGGUUCAGCGGGUGGUGGAGGAUCAGGAUGCUACAGUGGGAAAUUGGGUGUUGGGAGAGGUUCUGGCUAUGGGUAUGAUGCACCGCAGAGACAAAAGGCUGUAACCACAAGUGCUGGACAGGGGCUGUAUGGUGGAGCAUCGGGCUAUGGUACCGGGGGAGAGCUCAGCUCUGGAGGUGCUGGGAUGGCACAGGUCAUGCAGCAGAAGUGCCCCGUGGUCAUCCCCGACAUUGAGCCCCAACAGAUCAAGCAGAGCAGCCAGUGGCCCCCCAGCCAGAAGAAAUGAAGGACCCCACAGAUCUCUGUGCUCCAGAUGUGCCACGCUGCAGCUUUUGCCAUGGACCAGGAGCUCUGCAUUCCACCCAUCAGGCUGUGCUUCCAGCACUGGGACAGGGAUCUGUGCUUCAGUGACAGGAAAAAAUCCCUUCCACCCUCUCCUUUUUCUCAUGGGUUGGGAAAAGAUUCCUCCCUUCUUCUCCUUUCUCUCAUGGGUUGGAAAAUCAAACUUCAUGCUCUAUAGGAACGUCAGCUUCAGGAUGAUUUACUUCAUUCUUCCCUCCUGUAUGUACAGACGCCCAAAGAGAUCAAGAUGGGCUGCAGAAGAUUGAUUUUCCUAUUGAUACGAUAUGUACUUUACAACUAAAUUAAUUAACUGUCACAUUGAUUAACAUGUUAAAAUACACAAUUAAAAUACACCAUUUACGACAGCA